UUGAUAACGCACACGCCAUUGGUUAGUUUGACAUGUCGGCUGAUGUACCGGUUCGAGUGGUUUUACGCCGUUACUUAUUUUGUAACAUAACCGCGUAGAGCACUUCUGUGGCGUGUUAAUUGCAGCGUUAUUAUCUGGAGUGCUGCUCUUUUGCCGCCGCUAGCUUCGUUCGAACACAUCGGAAACCGAUCUCUUGGCAGCUAGCAUAAUAGCUGCCGUGGCUAACAGAAGCUAACUGUAGCUAGCUGCUCCGUCUUGACAGGUCUGCUCGCGUUAUCGUCACAAUGGGUGAGGAAAUUGACGACAACAACAUUAACACAUCCAUCGGGUCCGCCAUUAACGCCAACGUUGAGGGGAGCAGUGAAACCAUAGAGAGUGAUGUCAAAUAUUACACGUUAGACGAAAUACGAGUGCACAACAUGUGCAAAGACGCGUGGCUCAUCGUCCACGACAAAGUGUACGACAUCACAAGUUUCCUUGAAGAGCAUCCGGGAGGAGAGGAGGUUUUGCUGGAGCAGGCCGGUGCAGACGCCACAGAAAGCUUUGAGGACGUAGGUCAUUCCACAGAUGCACGGGAGAUGCUCCUGCAGUACUACAUCGGAGAGCUUCAUAUGGAUGACAGGACAAAGAACAAUACAAAGCAGGAGGUAGAUAUGACAGAUCCAGAGUCCGGCACCUCGUGGACCACCUGGUUGAUACCUGCCAUCGCUGCAGCGGUUGUUGGUAUCAUGUAUCGCUACUACGUGUCCUCCUGAGCGCUGCUGUUCUCUUUUUCAUCUGAUUAUUUUUCAUCUGGAGGACUUGAAAUGUUUGACCAAAACCUCCUCACACUAAAUGCAUAAAAUAAAAAUAAAAAAGUGUCUGCAUCAUGUGCGACUACAUAUGCAGGGACACACUUUGAUAAAAUAGAAAGUGUGUAUCAUACAGGCAGUUGGUCAGAGAGUGAUGAAUUGUCUUCUCACUUUCUCUGUAUUUCAUUGUCUCUAUGCAUGUUGUCAUUACUGUUAACAUAUUUUCUUUCAUAUGCAUUGGAUAUGAUUAACAAAGACCAGUCUACUAUAUACACUGAAUUAUUACACCGUAUGCAUUUUCAUCGGCUUCAAUAAAGUGAGAAGAAUAAAAGCUAUUGAAGCUCACUCCAUCCACUCCUUAGUUCACAAAUGCUUCAUCACAUUUAUCAUUUGGUUGUAAAUGCAAAACCUCUCCAAUUAUGUCAAUGUAACGUCAAACCGUUGUUUCUUCUUAACAAUAGUUUCAAUUCAAUUAAAAGUGAUUAUUUUACAUUGAAUAACUUUCUCUGACUAAAACUUGUUUCUAGGAAUUUGUAAGCAUUCAAAAUACAUAAUCCAUAGAUAUAAAUGAAUCUAAUAAAAUGUUAUUAUACAGAUAUAUUAGCAUGUAGUCAGUACCCUUGACUGAGGAAAAUUAUUUAUUUGAUUGUCCUGUUUUAAAGUUUCGUCACUUUCUACUAUUCGGCUGAUGUUUUUCUAUAACUGUCUUUAUUUUGCUUCUACAUCGAGUGUUUGGGUGAAUUAUGCUGAAUGAAGACUUGCUGUCUUUUCUUUUUUAGCCUUUCCAGAUGUUCUUAAUUCACACAGAUGUACGUUUUCAAGUCACUGUUGGUUACUGCACAUAUCUAACAUAUAUUUUAGUUAUUCAGCCUUUUAAAAAAACAACUUUUUCAACAUUGAAUAUGUUUUGCAUAGCACUUCUGAAUCUCUGUCAUUUCAUCUUGUAAUCUCUGCCAUUGUCUGUCCUUGAAUGUUUUGAAUAAAAUCAAUAUUUCAAAUGCAA